UCCUUAAGAAAAUCAAAAUAUAAAAAAGAAAUCAGAACAACAAAACAAAAAUUUCCCCCAAAAGAAAAGAAAAAACCCCAAAUAAAUAAAUAAUCCUUAAACCCUUUUCAAGAACAAAAACCUCAAUUGACAAAAACCCUUCAAAUCUGAAACUCAAAAUCGACAAAAUUAAAUCUUGUUAUGGCCCCUCUAUCCUUUUCUUCUCGAAAUCUCUUCUCCCUUUUCCACAAACCCAGAGUGAUUCCUUUUGAGUUCUUGGAUCAGCCAUCUUCAGCUUUGUUUUCUACUCACAUUGUUGGGGACACCCCAAUUCUUGUUAGAGAUUUUAUUCACAAGGCAUUGUAUGAUCCAAAUGUUGGGUAUUUCUCCCAGAAAUCGGCAUCAGUUGGAGUGCUUGAUAGUAGCAUUAAGUUCAAUCGGUUUGAAGGUAGGAAAGCAUACAUGAGGCAUUUGGAUAAGAUUUACAAGCAGGGUGAUGUUUCAUGGUUUACUCCAGUGGAGCUUUUUAAGCCCUGGUAUGCUCAUGGGAUAGCUGAAUCCAUUUUGCGUACUACAAACCUAUCUGUUCCACUUAAAAUAUAUGAAAUAGGUGGUGGAUCAGGAACCUGUGCGAAAGGCAUCCUGGAUUAUAUAAAGUUAAAUGCACCUACAAGAGUUUAUGAUAAUAUCAGUUACACUUCAGUUGAAAUCAGUUCCUCACUUGCAGAAAAACAGAUUCAAACUGUUGGAGAAGUUGAUAGCCACUUAUCAAAGUUUAGAGUUGAGCGUCGUGAUGCUACUGACAGGAAUGGAUGGGGGGAUGUGAAUGAACAACCUUGUUGGGUUAUCACGCUAGAGGUGCUUGACAAUCUUCCUCAUGAUCUCAUUUACUCUGAGAAUCAAACGUCUCCCUGGAUGGAAGUGUGGGUUGAAAGAAAACAAGGGGAAAAACUCUCAGAGUUGUAUAGGCCAAUUGAAGACUCCUUAAUCAAAUCUUGCAUGGAAAUCAUAGAUAUGCCUGAUGCUACAACGGGCAAGAGCAGGGUUAGUUCAGCCAUGAAAAAUGUUUGGGCAAAAGUCUUUCCUAAGCCAAGAUGGUGUUGGCUUCCCACUGGUUGCUUGAAACUUCUAGAAGUUUUACAUGGAGCUUUACCGAAGAUGUCUUUAAUCGCUUCCGAUUUCAGUUAUCUACCUGAUGUUAAAAUUCCUGGUGAAAGAGCUCCACUGGUUUCAACCAAGAAAGAUGGCAGCAGCUCUGAUUACAACAGUUAUUUGGAUGCAAAGGGGGACGCCGACAUAUUCUUUCCAACAGAUUUUUUGCUCUUGGAACAGAUGGAUCAUUACUGCUCUGGGUGGAUGAAGCAGCAAAAAGAUGGCCAGUCAUUGAAGCGGGGAAAGAAAAGACGUACUCUUUCGCUCGACACAGCAGCAUUUAUGGAAGAAUUUGGUCUUCCAACAAAGACGAGAACUAAAGAUGGAUAUAACCCUCUCCUGGACGACUUCAAAAACACCAAAUUUUACUUGAGUGUUCCCACACACAACGUCAAAUAGACCAUUUCCUUUUCUUCCUCUUCUAUAGCAAGGGCGUUCAAGGAGGCACGUAACACAAGUGUAGAGAGGACACUUCUCAGUGUAACUUGAAUUGAUGAAACAUAUUGUUCAACCUUCAGUUCAGCAUCUGGAAAACAAUUUUUGAAGAUGCUGGAGAUAACAGAGUUCUCGAUGUCCUUCUAUAGCAAUGAUAUCGAGGUAGCAGUAUCGUUUGUUUGAUUAGAUUAAGAAUGUUUGUGAUUCUUGGUUACGAGUGUUAAUGAUAGUAUCAAGAGCUGAGAGUGGUAGAAGAGAUUCAUAGUGAUAUUUAUUUUUCAGACUCUUUAGAGUUCAACAAGAGUCAAAAUGGAUUUGGGGAGAGCAUGUUAAACUUAUUACAAGUUUUUUCUGAUUUUUUUUCUAUUCUGUACACUUCCUCAAAUGGCAAUAUGUACAGGAAAUAAUGAGUAUCUAUUGGGGUUCGAAUUUUUGUGUUU